CCAUUCUUCGAGACAAAAAAGGAGAAGUAAGGUCCCGCCAACCUCGUCCCCAGACGCCAUAUUGAAAAUUACCCAGAAGACCCUAGGGACGAGGUUGGGUCCCGGCGGCUUAUUAGAACGGUAAAAAAUAUGUAUAUAUUUAAAAACUCCAAUAUUUUAGAGCAUGUUUGCCGAAAACUAUGUAUGUUGCUUAUGUCAGAAAAAAAAUUACUUCUUCAGUUUGUAUAAUACAAAAGUGACUAUUUUAACAUGAGAUUGUACACAAGAGUUUUAUAUUCGAUUUGAUAUCACAUUUCACCUGCAAAUUUACAAUGUGACCAAAUACAAUAAUGGUUACUAUGCCAAUCAAGUAACGACAGAAAAGUAUAUUCGUAGGAUAAAUCUUAAACGUAAAGUCUGUAAAGUCGUAAAGGCUGUAUUUUUAAACUUGCAUUGAAUCAAAUCUCCCUCAAAUUCAAGGCGUAAAUUUAAGCCAACUGGAAGAUCGCCGAGAAGGCCUGGACCGAAGCUAGUGUCACAAGCUCGGGGAAAAGCCGUGUCUCAUACGAACCUCUUGAUUCACCUGAACCGCGUGUUAAAAAAGUACGAGGAUGAGAAGAAAGUCAUGAAUGAAGACGAGGAGUCAACAGCCUUGCAAGCGGAUGACCUACAGGAGAAGAUCUACCGCCUCGACAGAGCCGACCGAGACACGGAGGUUCAAGAAGCAUGUCAAGUUCUUGAUUUAGACUCUAAGGAGGAGUUUUUCAGGAGAUGCGAGAAUUUGGGAAUUCCGCCAUUCGCGAUGACGUAUUUUUUAGACAACAUGGCGCGUUAUGUCACUGAGCUGGUUAUGAGAAAUCUAGGGAUAGCUCCUGAAGGCGCGGCUGCUGUGGCGGAGAUUUUGGCGGGAAAUUCGAGUGUGCGCGUGCUUGAUUUGUCAGUGAAUGGAAUCCAAAACAAAGGAGCAUUUGCUGUGGCGCAAUUACUGGAGCACAAUCAAUGGAUCACGGACCUCAACAUCUCUGAGAAUAAUCUCUCUAAAUCAGGCCUCGACUCAAUAGGAAACAUGCUUAUUUUGAAUAACACUUUGACUUGUCUGGAUGUUUCUAGAAAUAGUUUCACGUGUGACGACAUUCAUUUCCUUACGAACGUUUUACAGACUGCGGACGCUCUACUUUUUUUAGACUUGCGCCAUAAUGCCUUCAAGGAAAAGGCAGGGCUGUACUUAGGCGAAAUGGUCAAGAAAAAUACCUCGUUGCGUGAACUGUACAUAGGAUGGAACCACUUUGGUGACGAGGGCGCCAAGCACUUAUGCGCGGGUUUACAAGAAAAUCGUUCGCUAGAAAUACUUGAUAUCUGCUGGAAUGAAAUCGGUCGUGAUGGUGCUGGCUACAUUGCAGAAUUCAUAGAAAAUAACGGCAGAUUGGUCGAGUUAAAUCUCGAUAACAACCACAUCACUGAUCAUGGUUUGCGCAGCAUCGCGAGGGGGCUCGAAGUUAACGAAACACUGAGGCUUCUAAAAGUGGGCUUCAAUUUGAUAACCUCUAGUGGAGCUUGCAAGAUUCUAGAGUGUCUUUGCUUAAAUCCUCAUUCAGCCCUUGAGACCUUGCACCUAGCGGAGGUUGAAGUGACGUCUGCUUUUGAGGACUUGUUUUGGCGGGUGAAGGUUAAGAAGCCUUUGUUCCGCGUACUUGAGAUGAGCUCGCCCGGUGGCGAUCAUUACCACUUUCAGAAGCCUCCAAGUGCACUUGCGAUGUUGGAUGACUAUCUACAGCGGAACGGGUUUAGCAACGAGACAGAUGAGCAAACUUCUUGAGUUGACCAAUAGGCGACUUGAACUAAGACACCACGUGACUUUUUUGGGUAGCAAACUUUUCGUGCUCCGGCUUUUUGCGGCAAAAUAACAAAAACUAAUAAUCAACUUAUUCAGCGCUUAGGAAUUAGCCAGAAAGUUUCAAUAUCAGAGAGGACUAAUAUUUAUUGAAAGAUUAUUAUUUUCGUCUCUCUUUUGCGUGGUGGCCGUGUUUAUUUUGGAGCAAGUUUGCAAGAUCGACUAUAAAAUUAAAGUUGUGUUUUAUACGAACUUUCAUAAAAGGAUGAUUCCGUCAUGUUUUGGUACGCAUUAAAGCAUUACUUUAACCACG